GCUUCCACAACACAAUGGCUACAAUAACAACUUCUAUCAACCAAGCUGAUAGCUUGAAUACCUUUUCAUUAAUUGCAACACAUUCCCACAUUACUGGAUUGGGUCUCGAUGACCAUCUCCAACCAAGAGAAUCCUCCCAGGGAAUGGUGGGCCAGUUGAAAGCCAGAAAGGCUGCUGGCAUUAUCUUGAAAAUGGUUCAAGAAGGUAAAAUUGCAGGCAGAGCUGUUCUAAUAGCCGGUCCACCAUCCACCGGUAAAACUGCUAUAGCAAUGGGAAUGUCUCAAUCCUUGGGCUCUGAAGUUCCCUUUACUGCAAUUUCUGCUUCCGAGAUUUACUCUUUGGAACUAAGCAAAACCGAAGCCUUGACCCAAGCUUUUAGAAAAUCAAUUGGUGUUAAAAUCAAAGAAGAAACUGAUUUAAUUGAGGGUGAAGUGGUCGAAAUCCAAAUCGACAGAUCAUUAACUGGCGGCCAUAAACAAGGUAAAAUUACAAUGAAGACAACCGAUAUGGAAACCAUUUACGAAUUGGGUAGUAAAAUGAUUGAAUCCUUAACAAAAGAAAAGGUUAUGGCUGGAGAUAUUGUAUCAAUUGACAGAUCUAGUGGCAAGAUUACAAAGUUGGGAAGGUCGUAUACCAGAGCAAGAGAUUACGAUGCAAUGGGUCCAGAUGUCAAAUUUGUUCAAUGUCCUGAAGGUGAGUUGCAAAAAAGAACUGAAGUUGUUCAUACGGUUUCAUUGCACGAAAUUGAUGUCAUAAAUUCAAGAUCCCAGGGUUUUCUAGCCUUAUUCUCUGGUGACACUGGUGAAAUUGGUCCAGAUGUUAGAGACCAAAUUAACAUUAAAGUAGCUGAAUGGAAAGAAGAAGGCAAAGCUGAGAUAGUACCCGGUGUAUUGUUUAUUGAUGAAGUCCAUAUGCUAGAUAUCGAGUGUUUUUCGUUUAUUAAUAGAGCCUUGGAAGAUGAAUUUGCUCCAAUUGUUAUAAUGGCAACUAACAGAGGUAUAUCCAGAACCAGAGGUACUAAUUAUAAAUCUCCUCAUGGUUUACCUAUGGAUUUAUUGGACAGAGCCAUAAUUAUAACCACUUCAAACUACAAUUUAAAUGAAAUUAAACAAAUUUUAUCAAUAAGAGCUCAAGAAGAAGAAGUCACCUUACAAGCUGAUGCAUUGAAUUUAUUGACCAAAAUUGGUAGCGAAACAAGUUUAAGAUAUGCAUCAAAUUUGAUAUCAGUUUGUAAUCAAGUGGCAUUAAAGAGAAAAUCAGAGACUGUUGAAAUCCAAGACGUGAAAAGAAGUUACAAGUUAUUUUUAGAUUCAGAAAGAUCUAUCCAAUAUUUAGAAGAGUUUUCAGAGCAAUAUAUCAAUAACGAAGGCAAAGUAAAAUUUUCAACUGAUAUCCAGAUGAAAGAAUCACCGGCUCCUAACAAUGAUGAUAAUAAUAAUAAUAAUAAUAAUAAUAGUGCCUCUGCUACUACUACCAACAAUGCAUUAAUAAGUAAUGCACAACCUGAGAAGAUGGAUACUACUGAAUAAACUAAAAUCUAAUUAGAGCUCUAGAGCUGUUUUGAUACUAUAGUUAUAUUAUUAAUAAGGUAUUAAUAAAUUUUGUUUGCAAGAUACUGUUUUAAAUAAAAAAAGGUUGUAGAGAAAACUUAAGAAAAAAAAAUGAAAACAUUUUAGCAAUUAAAACCGAAUUGGUAGCUAUAAUAUUUUUUUUUAAUUAAAAAUAAACUCAUUGAUGAAAACGAAUAGUAAUGAAUAGUAGAAAGAGAAAAUUAUUUCUUUUUUUUUUUUGUUUUGUUUUUUGUUUUUUGUUUUAUAUUUU